UGAAUUUACUUUAGCUAGUUUUUUUUUUUGUGUGUGUAUUUUUUCCUGGUUUCUAUUGGAAAUUGUUAGGGUUUAGUUCUCUCUGGCAUAAAUGCACUUUUUUUUUUACUUCACGGUCUGCAAUUAUCAUUGACUGCAGUUAUUUUCCUUCUUUGUUCACUUCGAAUUAACAUAUUAUGAAUAUGUGGAAGUAUAAUUGUUAAUAAUUGCAGUCCUGAAACUUGUGUUUUGAUUCAUCUUAUAGGCGUUAUUUCUGUAUAGCUGAAUUCAGUUUAUAGAAAAGUUCAUUUUUUUAUUUUGAACUUUUGUUCCGUCCUCACAACCUCUUGCAUGCAACGAAGAGAGGCUCUAGAGGAUCAGUUUGAAUCAUGGCUUGGUCAAGAAUUGCUCGUGGAGCAUUCAGAUCGAAUGGCAUUUACCGAUAUAGCCUCCUUCCUAGUGCAAGACCUUGCUCUUCCUUGCUUAGACCCAUCAUGACAAGCAACAUGGAACAUCCUUGCAACAUGGAAAAUAUGGGAGAUUUCAAAUUUGGAAGGCGAGGAAUAACUACGACCCAUGAAUACCAAUUUCCUUCAGCAGAGAGAGUUAUCGAAGAUGUUUCAGACUUGGAGGAUAAUGUCACCGGUGAGGACUUACCAGGAUUGGGGCCUACAAAGAUCGGAGAGAAGCCGAGAGUGGUGGUUCUUGGCACCGGGUGGGCUGGGUGCCGGUUUCUUAAAGAAUUGGACACUGAGAUGUAUGAUAUAGUGUGUAUAUCUCCCAGGAAUCAUAUGGUCUUCACUCCUUUGCUUGCUUCUACAUGUGUGGGGACCUUGGAAUUCCGGUCUGUUGCUGAACCUGUUAGCCAGAUCCAGUCAGCUCUCGCGGGAGCUCCAAAUUCGUAUUUCUAUUUGGCUAAUUGCUCCGGCAUUGACACUGAUAAGCACGAAGUAUACUGUGAAGUUGCUGCAGGUGCUGGGUUACCGAGGGAUCCAUACCGCUUUAAAGUUGCAUAUGAUAAGCUGGUAAUUGCAGCUGGAGCUGAGCCUUUGACAUUUAACAUUAAGGGAGUCAAGGAGCAUGCACUUUUCCUUCGUGAAGUAAAUCAUGCACAAGAAAUAAGAAAGAAGCUAUUGUCGAACCUUAUGCUCUCUGAAAAUCCUGGCAUAUCAGAAGAAGAUAGGAAACAACUCUUACACUGUGUUGUUAUUGGGGGAGGCCCUACUGGUGUGGAGUUCAGUGGUGAAUUGAGUGAUUUUAUAAUUAGAGAUGUCCGUGAGAGGUACUCUCAUGUUAAGGAUUAUAUUCGUGUCACUCUCAUAGAGGCAAAUGAAAUUUUGUCUUCCUUUGAUGUGGGACUAAGGCAGUAUGCAACUAAUCAUUUGAUGAAGUCUGGAGUUCACCUUUUGCGAGGUGUUGUGAAAGAGGUACUUCCGAAGGAAAUUCUUCUAAAUGAUGGAACUAGAGUUCCUUAUGGCCUUUUAGUCUGGUCUACUGGAGUCGGGCCUUCUGAGUUAAUUAAAUCCCUUGAUCUUCCCAAAUCUCCUGGCGGAAGAAUCGGUGUUGAUGAAUGGUUACGAGUUCCUUCUGUGGAGGAUGUAUUUGCACUUGGUGACUGUGCAGGUUUUCUUGAACAAACAGGGAAGCUAGUGCUUCCUGCUUUGGCACAGGUUGCAGAAAGGCAAGGCAAAUAUUUAGCAGGUCUAUUUACAAAGGUAGGAAAGCAGAAUGGUGGAAAAGCUUAUAGUGCUAAAAGCAUAUCCUUUGGUGAGCCUUUCGUCUACAAGCAUCUUGGAAGCAUGGUGUCAGUAGGACGCUACAAGGCACUGGUUGACCUGAGGCAAAGCAAGGAUGCCAAGGGCCUGUCAAUGGCUGGGUUUAUCAGCUGGUUUAUAUGGCGCUCAGCUUAUCUGACUCGAGUAGUUAGCUGGAGGAACAGGUUUUAUGUAGCUGUUAACUGGGCUACCACCAUUGUGUUCGGCCGUGAUAACUCCAGGAUUGGGUAAAUAUAUCAAUGAUGUCGCCAGAUACUUGUUGAAGAAAGGAUACAGUUGAUGCUAAUAAUAUACUUCCAAUGAGUUGAAUAUCGUUUGGAUAACAUCAGCUCCAUUUAAACGAUUCACAUGUUCCAUUACAGUUAUCUUUAGUUUCAAUUUUGAUAUCAAAUGUUGAGAGGCCAUCUCUCCAGUUUUGACUCGAUGUUGUUGUAUUCAGUUGUAUUUCUACAGAACGAAGGUUUCUUUCGUGAGAA